AAUCUCCCACGAAGACCUCAAGACGUACUCAAGCAGCCUCUUGAAGCAGGUACAGAUCACUCAUGUUGCUCAGAAAAAGUCUCCUGUCAAAACCUGCUUGCUGCUGCCGCUCCCUGACGAGCAGAGCUAUCGUCUAUAGUGAACACGGCGAUCCAGCUAAAGUCCUGGAAGUGCACAACUACGAGCUACCUAAACCACAAGACGAUGAGCUCCUGGUACGCUUUCUUGCAUCGCCCAUCAAUCCAGCAGACUUGAAUCAGAUUGAAGGGGUGUAUCCCAAACGGCCUGCCUUCACAGACAAGUUCAAAACUCCUCGGCCAGCUGCAGUCGGUGGGAAUGAAGGACUCGUUGAAGUCAUUGGCACAGGUAAGCAACACAUGUCGAUGAAAUGGCAGCUUGGUCAAUGGGCCAUCAUGCGGCGAACGACAUUUGGUACUUGGCGGACACAUGCACUUGCCAAGGAAGAUGAUUUGCUGCCCGUCAAAGCGGAAGGCCUCUCGCCUGUGGAUGUUGCCACAGUCAGCAUCAAUCCAUGCACUGCAUAUCGUAUGCUGCAGGACUUUGCAAAGCUACAAAAGGGUUCUUGGUGGGUGCAGAAUGGAGCGAAUAGUGCAGUGGGCCAGUCUGCUAUUCAAAUGGGCCGCAUCUGGGGCUACAAGAGUCUGAAUAUCAUUCGGGAUCGCCCUGGCAGUGAUGAAGUGAAGCAGCAGUUGCUAGAUCUCGGGGCUACGCUCGUCAUCACAGAGACCCAGCUGUCAGACAAGGACUUUAUGAAGCAGCUCAAGAGAGAACACUUUCAGGACGAGCCUGUGACACUUGCAUUGAACUGCGUCGGUGGAGUCAAUGCCAUCAACAUGUGCCGACAACUGACUGAAGGAGCGCAUAUCGUCACCUAUGGCGCGAUGGCCAAGCAGCCCCUCAAGAUUCCCGCGUCGAUGCUGAUUUUCAAGGAUUUCUGCUUCCAUGGCUUUUGGGUGUCUCCGUGGAACGACAGACAUCCAGAUGAGCGCCAGGAGAUGCUGGAAGUCAUCUUUGACUGGAUGUGGGAGGGCCAGUUCCGAAGUCCAGCUGCCAAGUUGAACUGGUGGGAGCCGGGGCAAAGUGAUGCCGAGGCUCUGGCUGUUUUCCGGGGUGCACUGGAGAACAAGAGUCAGAAGCAGGUGCUGUGCAUCGAUUACUAGCUGAUCUGCUCUUUGUACCGGUAGCUAUAGAGUAGCCAAGUACAGAGCAGCCCAAUAUUUGAUCAUAUUUGAUCCCCUGGCUGUCUCCCAUUUCUCGUUUCCUGCGCAGGAGAAAGAAACAACAAGCACCAAGACACCCAACACGCACAACGACCAAGGCCCGCAGAAGGGAGCAAAGACAGAAGCAGGCCAGGAGAUUGUCACGCACACGCUCUUUACUCAUUCUUCCAUCCAUCAUCCAAUCGCAAAAACACAACUAUGGACAAGCAGCGCCUGCCUACUUUAAUUGAAGUCCUCGCGCGUCGUACCCAGGCGCCCGUCGAUCUGUACAGGUAGGAGGCUCUGAUGCUGUCAUGUUCCAUGCUAACCGCAGCUUCUACAUCUACAUGCGCGACCAGCAACGCAGUGUCGACUGUAUGCCCGAAUCUAUACAGUUGACCCCGCUAACA